AUGGGGAGAAAAAUUUUGCUUCUCAUUGCUGUGGUCCUAGUAGCUUAUUAUGUUUAUAUCCCUCUUCCAGGGGAUAUUGAGGAACCUUGGAAAGUGAUGCUGGAAACAACACAACUAAAAAUAAUGAUGGAUUUGGUUUCUUUUGCUGAAGAUUUGGGGAUUAAUCAUUACAUGGACAUGAUGCAAUUACUUAUGAGAUUUCAAGAAGUCCAAGCCACUUCUGAUGAAAAUGUCACUGUGAUAGACACAGCUUUCAACAGUGUUCCUGUUCGUAUAUAUGUGCCCAAAAGGAAGUCAGAAUCACUCAGGAGGGGCCUGUUUUUUAUUCAUGGUGGUGGUUGGUGUUUUGGGAGUGCUGCUCUUCCUGCCUAUGACCUUCUGUCAAGACAGACAGCUGAGAGACUCGAUGCUGUGGUCGUAUCAACUGACUAUGGCUUAGCCCCCAAAUAUCAUUUCCCACAUCAGUUUGAAGAUGUUUAUAGAGCCUUACGAUGGUUUCUACAGGAAGACAUUCUUGAAAUAUAUGGUGUAGAUCCUCGAAGAGUUGGUGUAUCUGGGGACAGUGCUGGUGGGAACUUAGCUGCAGCUGUGACCCAACAGCUCAUAAAGGACCCCGAUGUCAAGAUCAAACUCAAGGUCCAGGCCUUAAUAUAUCCUGCCCUUCAAGCUCUUGAUAUGAAUUUACCAUCACAUCAAGAAGGAUUAUAUUUUCCAUUUUUAUCCCCCUCAUUGAUGGUCAGGCUUUGGAGUGAAUAUUUUACUACAGAUCGAACCCUGGAGAAAGCCAUGCUUCUCAACCAGCAUGUACCUAUGGAAUCUAGCCAUCUGUUCCAAUUUGUGAACUGGAGUUCCUUGCUCCCUGAGAGAUUUAAGAAAGGUUACUUUUAUAAGAGUCCGACUCUUGGUAGUUCUGAGCUAUCUAAAAAGUACCCAGGAUUCCUAGAUGUGAAAGCAUGCCCUCUGUUGGCCAAUGACAACACAUUGAGUCUUUUACCUCUGACCUAUAUCAUUACUUGUCAGUAUGACGUCCUAAGAGAUGAUGGAGUCAUGUAUGCCACACGGCUUCAGAAUGCUGGAGUUCAUGUGACUCAUCACCACAUUGAGAAUGGAUUCCAUGGAGCAUUUACCCUUCAUGGUUUUCUAAUUGCAUACAGGUUAAAAAACCAGUAUUUCAAUUGGCUUAUGGAAAAUCUAUAGCAAACCCUACAUAAUGAUUUGUUGAAGA